AUGAUUGGGAUUGGUGCUUUCAAGACAGCACAUCCAGGAUGGCUCACACUGUCCCCUCUGUCCUCCAGUGGCCUUGGGUCCCGCACUCAGCAGGAUGUCGUCAUUAAGCGGCCAUUCUACAGACCUUCCUCUCACACUGCUGCCGCUGGAUCCAGCACCCUCAAGAUCGCACGUUAUGCCUUAGCAGAUGAGCUCCAAAAGCUCUUAAACAAAAGUAAUGUGUUGUACUGGGCGAAAUCUCUCCUUAACUUUACUUACGAAUACAUUGAUCACUGUAUUGAUGCAGCAUUGAGUCCUCCAUCUUUCCAAAUACCCCGUGUGUGCUUCGUGGAUGCAGGGAUUGCUUUAGCAUUUUCUCAUCACUCGUCGAACACUCAGGGAAUGUCCAAUCAAGCUCCCGCAGCAGAUGUUAAGGCAGGGACAUUUUCAGCGGUGUAUCUCCUUGAGGAGCCGGUGACAUUCGACGGUCCUGGUAAUCAGACAUUUACGAAGUUUAAGCACUGA